AUGCAUCUCCUCGCCGCGGCCUUUGCUGCGCUCGCGUCCAGCGCCGCAGCAUCGUACACUGGCAACCUCAACUACUUCUCCCCUUCAAACAACCACCCUUCCCUUGGCAUUUCGAUCCCCAAGGUGGCCGCCCGCCACCGCUUGCACAGCCGUGACCUCUCGCACACGGCAUGGGAUCCCAAGACGCUCGAGUUCUCCCACGGCGUCGCGUCGGGCGAUCCGGCUAUAGACAGCGUCGUGAUCUGGACGAGAGCCGCCCCGAUCGGCGCCGAGAACGACAAUAGCAACGUCACCGUCGAGAGCAAAGGCACGUUGCUCGAGACGGAUAGGUGGGUUCAGGCGAGCGCCGCCCCGGUCUGCCUCGAGUGGAAGAUUGCCGGCGACCCGAAGCUCGAGUUUCCAGUCGACUCGGGCACCGUCUUCACCAGCUCAGACAUUGACUGGACCGUCAAGGUGAUCGCGAGCAACCUGCAGGCCUUUACGACGUACUACUACCAAUUCAACAUCUGCAACUCGGACAACAAGUCCCCGUUGGGACGAACCAAGUCGCUCCCACAAAGGAGCUCGAGCUUGAGUUCGUAUGUCCGCAACAUCAGGAUCGGAGUGUACUCGUGCGCAAACUAUGCGCAGGGGCUCUUCAACGCCUACGGCAACGCCGUCAACAAGGACUCGAUCCACUACGUCGUCCACCUGGGCGACUACAUUUACGAGUACGAAAACGGCCGUUACGGCUGGGGCGACGAGCUGGGCCGGGUUCCCAAGCCGAACAAGGAGAUCGUCAGCCUGUACGACUACCGCACGCGCAUCGCGCAGUACCGGACCGACGACGGCCUGCGCCGCAGCCACCAGCAGUUCCCCUGGAUCACCGUGUGGGGCGACCAAGAGGUCGGCGACAACGCGUACAAGGGAGACAUCGUCGAGAUGAACAACAGCGAGGACUCGUUCGUCAAGGACGGCGGCGUCUCGGCCGACCAGCGCAAGAUGAACGCCGUGCGCGCCUACUUUGAGUGGAUGCCGAUCCGCCAGGUCGACAUGGGUGACGACCUCCGCGUGAGUCGCAAGUUUGCCUUUAGCGACAUGUUCGACCUCAUCAUGCUCGACACGAGGGUGUACGACCGCUCCAGCCCCGACCUGGACUCGGACACCGACCACACCAACAAGCCCAAGGACGACGCGUCGAGCGAGCUCAUGGGCCCUACGCAGGAGGAGUGGUUCCAAGAGACUCUCAAGGGGAGCUCGGCCAAGUGGCGACUGAUCGGGUCGCAGCUCGCAUUUAGCCACACCAUGGUCGGGCCCAACGGCAAGGUCAACGCCGACGCGUGGGACGCCUACGAGGCCAACCGGAACCGCACCUUUGAGACGCUCUCCGACGGCAUGGGCAUCAGCAACAACGUAUUCCUCACGGGCGAAACGCACGUCUCGUGGGCCUCGGAUGUGGUUUGGGAGGGUGCCAAGCCUUACAACUCCACGAGUGGCGAGGGUGCCAUCGGCGUUGAGUUCGCCGGUACCGCCGUGUCGGCAUCGAGUAGCGUCAUCGGUCAGAAUGGGACAUUGGAGGCGGGGAAUGCUGCAUCAAAGAUGUUGGAGGGUAUGAACCCUUCGUUGCAGUGGCUGGAGUCGUAUUAUCGCGGGUACUAUGAGCUGGAUAUCAGCUACGCCGACGUCAAUGCCCAGUUCUUUGGCACGCCAGACAUCAGGAGUGCUAACGGACUCGAGAUCUCUCUGGCCAACUUUACCGUUCAGGGCGGGGAGAACAGGUUACAGAGGGAUCCCAACGGCAAGGUUGGUGGCGGUCGGGUUGAGGCGGGGAGUCUCAAGGGAGGAGAGAUGAUGGCGACGAAUAUGAUGCACGAUACCAGGACCGGCGAGUGGAAGAUAAUGAGCUGA